AUGAAGGAAACUAAAGCAUUAGUGAUAGACAUUGGCACGGGUCUCUUCAAGUGUGGCUUCGCAGGGGACCCAUGGCCUUUGUACGUUGUUUCACCUACAUUUGGUAAGCCCACGUGUGAGGCUGGGAGCAAUCAAAGAGAAACCUUUGUUGGAAAAGAGCUUCAGAAUAGCAGCAUACCCUCAACACCCAUCAACCCAGUAAGACAUGGCACAGUGGUGGACUGGAACUGUGUCCAAGAUACUUUGAAGUGUAUUUUCAAGGCGGAGAUGAAGAUUCAGCCAGACGACCAUGCUGUUCUGAUGUCAGUGCCUCCCCUGUGUUCCACCACUGACAAGGGGAAAUAUGCUGAGAUGCUGUUUGAAGGGUUCCAUAUGCCUGCCAUCCACCUUGCAUACCAGUCCCAUUUAUCCAUGUACUCUUAUGGGAAAACCUCAGCUCUCGUGGUGGAAAGUGGCCAUGGCGUUUCGUACGUGGUUCCUAUCUAUGAAGGUUAUAUUCUACGUAGCAUCACUGGGAAAGUAGAUUAUGCUGGCUCGGACAUCACGUGUUAUCUCAUGAAGUUACUAAAUGAGUCUGGAAACACAUUCACAGAACAGCAGCUAAACAUCAUACAAGAUCUCAAAGAGAAGUGUUGUUACACCUCUCUGGAUCUUAAGCAGGACUUGAGCUUGCCUGUUGAGAAACAACAAGUGGAUUACAAGCUGCCGGAUGGGCACUUUAUCAGUGUAGGCAAGGAGAGGUUCCUUUGUGCUGAAGCGCUGUUCAAACCAGUCUUACUCGGCUCACAGCAGCAAGGGCUUUUGCAGCUGACGCUUGCCUGUCUCAAGAAGUGCGAUGCUGGUAUCAACAGAAAAAUGCUGGGGAAUAUCCUGCUGUGUGGGGGUAGCACCAUGAUGGAGGGCUUUGCCGACCGCUUCCAGAAGGAACUGGCCAGGAUGUGCCCCCAUGACAGCCCCAUCAUAGCUGCAUCCCCGCAAAGAAAGUCUGCUGUCUGGAUUGGUGGGUCUGUUCUGGCCUCACUCAACUCUUUCCAGGACCUCUGGGUUCACAGGUAUGAAUAUGAAGAACAUGGUUCUACCUGUAUUUUCAAGAAGUGCUUCUGA